UGUUCGGCAUAGGAUUUCCUUGAUUUAGACCCGAUCUCUAUAAGUGACUCCUAAAAUCUGUCUUAGACAUCUUUGUUGAGCCAAUUUAGUGUUUUUCAAUUUCGGCAGAUGACUAUUCACUGCACUUUAUUAAUGGAGCCCCGACACUGGUAGAAAUGUGUAACCUCUUUCGAAUACGCACUUGGAAUUAGAUUUGCUAUGGAAGAUAUCUGCAUCACACGCAAAGAAUAUUCAGAUUUGGUCUUCCUAAAAGCAUGUGCUCAGCUGUCAAGUAAAAGUUUUAUUGUGAGAGACCGUCAAAUCAACGUGUUUUACAAUAACAUUUUCUGUGCUAUCUGUCGCCAGCAAAUCUUUCCCAAUCUCCUGAUUGAGCACGGCUGUGAUAAACAUCCCGUCAUGCCAUCCACGUUUCCCGAGUUGCAAAGGUCAAUAGAGCUGAAUUUCUUCCCAGAGUCAAUCAUGAUUGAGAGCAAAAAAGAGCAUGAAUAUAAAAUCAAUCAAUCGGAAUGUUUGGAAACUGAAUGGUAUGCCCCUAAUGGCAGCUGCUUACCAAUCUACUGUACUGAAGGUAAACAUUUAAGAGAUGAUAAGUGUGUGGAAAUCAUCAAGGAUGUUGUCGGAAUCGAAUACAAUCUAAAUAUGAUGUUUGUCCUUGACAAUGAAGACGACUACAAGACCUGGUUAAAAUUUCAGACGAAUUUCUCUCAUGAUCUAUUGAUUGAACUAUUUACAUUGCAUAUAGAAGUUCAACUUCAACUACUUGAUUGCGAAUAUAAAAUUUCUACUUUGCUCAAAGAAGGUAAUGAUCCUUGCAGGUUGGAGAAUGCUAAAAGAAAUAAAUCACAAGUUAUAUUUAUCAUUCAAGGAACUAUUUUGGCCCCUGAGUCUUUGUCAAGAACACAAUUCGAACAAAAGUUGACUAAAAAUCUAAUGAGAGAUUUUUUUCGUAUGAAUCUGUCACCGACAGAAUUUGUUCAACUUGAGCCAAUCGUCAUUCUAAGAGAAUCCGUUUUCGGUAAGCUGUACUUGCAAGUACUGUGUGACCUGGACUUAGACGAAAUUAGUGUAUACUAUGACUUUCACAACAAUCAACAAGAAAUCCAGAAAAUAGUAACGACUUAUCAAAAUGAGCGAGAAGAUGUUUUAUUUCAUAUGCACGUUGGGACGUAUCAUUUAGAAACUAGAUACACUAGACCAUAUGAAAUAAACAGUCUACAUGUUAGUCAGAUACUUUUUUGUAAGUUUUUGAGUUUCAACCAAACAGACUACCUGAUGACCAUUAAUGAUUCAGUUAUACCACCGGAAGUGAGAAUCACAAUAAGUCUCAAUGUGACUGAAGUACACAUCACAGACAACAAGGAGCUUACCAUGGUUGAUAUCAAUAAAAACGGACAACUGGAUGUCUGUACCGACUUACUGGACAUGAAAUUAAAGGGACAUAUUAAAGAUUAUGAAAAGUGAAAAAAAAAGUACUAAUUCAAAUAUUGGAAAUGAAAUUAUUUGGAGAAGUUUAAUAACUUUUUUUUAUAAUUCAUGAAAUAUUCAAUGUAACGUAAUAUAACUUAAAUUACAGUAGGUGAAAACAAUAAAAAGAAAGGUAGUAACAUU